AUGGAGGCGACGGAGCAAGUCGUCUUUUCGAACCGCCUUCUCGGCACGAUGUCGAUUGUCUAUCCGGUGACAUCGCUUUUCAUCCAUGUUCUAUCGUUCGGUCGAUUAGCGUAUUUUCGAAUGAAGGGACAAAGGAUCGCGGCCGACAAUCAUCUGGAAAUCAACCUCUUCUUAGUGUGUAUGGCCAGCUUGUGGAUACAGAUAGCGUUGAUGGCAUGCGUGGUCUGUAUCUCUGCAAUGAAGCUGAAGUCGGAUUGGCAAAGCUUGGUGCUGAACCUGGUGUCCGACAUCUCUACCCUCGCUGAAGCCUAUAUUGGUUUAAUUGUGAAUUCACACCUACGCCGCCGCUUCAUUGCUCUUUACAUUCGACGUUUCCUGACCAAGGACUUUCUGAAGGGCAGCUUUUAUAGGCUGUAUUUGUAUGUGUUGAUUGUGUACUACAUCACCUACCUCAACACAUACAUCACCUUCAAAUUCCGCGACUUAACUAUAUUCGCCAACAUAUAUCUAGGAAUCGAGAAAGCCUUCCCACCCUAUCGUAUAUUUUUCAUGUUCUACAUCGGGGCUUUCCACUGCCAAAGUUUUGCACUGAUCCUGCUUCAUCUGAAUCGGUUUACUAUCGUCUGGCUGCCGUUGGUGCAUAAUAGGAUCUGGAAACCACGCAUCGUCAACUGGAUCUGCGCAAUUUCUUUCCUGCUUGGCUGCUCAUUGGCGUAUCAGGGGUUCUUCGCGGAGGAUAUUUACUACAUUGACGCCGAGGGAUAUCCGAAGCAGACACCGACCGUCGCAAAGCAAAUUGUCUUCUCCAACAAGCUACUCAACAUUUCGGCGCAGGUGUACCCGCUUACCUCACUACUUAUAAUCCUACUGACGUUCUGUCGCCUAGCCUACUAUCGGCUGAAGGGAAAACGCUUAUCGGACGACAAAAGGACUGAAAUCAAGUUGUUCUUGGUUUGCGUUGCUAGUCUCGUGAUACAGUUGGCGCUGAUGGCAUUUGUGCUCUGGGUAUCGCUUCUGAAGUUGACGUCUACACUACAGGGGAUCGUGCUGAACGUCGUCUCCGAUUUCUCCACCCUCGGCGAGGCGUACAUCGGGCUGAUCUUCAACGCGCAGCUCCGGAAGCGCUUCUACUCGAUGUAUUUUGAGCGCUUCUUCGCGCGUGCCAUACGCCCGAAGGUGGCCGGUGAGAUCAACGAGAUUUCGCUGCGCACGACGCGGAGCCAAUCGAAUCAUAGA